CGCCACCGCGCCCUUCGGCUGUAAACAAACAUGGCGCAGGGCGAUGGCGGCGGCCGCUGGCGGCCCUGAGGGUCUGUGAGUGCCGCUGUCCGCCGGAGCUGCGGGCGGGCGGCUCCUCCUGCUUCCCGAACAGCGGCUCCUCCUGCUUCCCGAGCGGCGGCCGCGGCGAGGGGCACCGGGGCUGGCGGCACACAUGGAUGACAGCAAGGUGGUUGGAGGCAAGGUAAAGAAACCAGGCAAACGAGGUCGCAAACCRGCCAAAAUAGACUUGAAGGCAAAGCUUGAAAGAAGUCGUCAGAGUGCAAGAGAGUGCAGAGCCAGGAAGAAACUGAGGUACCAGUACCUGGARGAGUUGGUUUCCAGCAGAGAGAGAGCCAUCUGUGCUCUCAGAGAGGAGCUUGAAAUGUACAAGCAGUGGUGCAUGGCCAUGGACCAAGGGAAAAUCCCCUCGGAAAUAAAAGCCCUGCUGACUGGAGAGGAGCAAGGCAAAGCACAGCAGAACUCCACCAAACUUGCCAAGGCUGCCAAGACAGAAGCAAACAGCAGCAAUCCCUGAGGCUGAUGCAGAACCUUCCACAGUGCAGCAGAGAUGGCUCUGGAGCUCGCAGAAGGAAGAACCUUGUUCUGAGGAAUCACGGCAUCCCCAGGUGCAGGGGGAAGGAAGGAUCCCAGGCUGCUCUCUUCUCUUUGCUCCUCCCCACAUGACAUUCUUGGAUUAUGGUGUUCCUGAGGCUUYGUGGAGUGGGGCUUUUGGGGCACUGGGUGUUUGUGUAAGUGGAGCCUUAUUCUUCCUUUUGCUGCACUGCCCUCCCCAGACACAGCUAUGGCAGCUUUGGGGCCUUCCCAGCACGAGAGUGGGGCUGUUUGUGCAUCAGAGCCCAGAAUUAUGCUGGCUUUGGGUUUGGUGGUUAUGUGGUGGUUGUUAACUGUUGUGGGAGUCUGGGAGGUUCUGUAAAAGAAAAGCAAGAGAAGGAUCUUGUAACAGCUUUGCUACAGCCAAACCCAGUGCUGGAGGUCGAGAAGGUGCUGUGACUAAAGCUUUCAGGAAGGAGGUUUGUAGCAAUGUCAUUUGUAACCUAAAAAAAAGGUGUUCCUUGUGGCAUCUGCCUGGAAUGCAGUGUGUCUUCUGUGUGAYUGGGAUUCUCAAAGAGAGGUACUGGAAAUAGUUCAUGCUUCUGCCCACACUUCUUCCACCAGGUGCAUUUUCCACCCACUGUAUUCCUGGUGAGACAGUCAAGGCCUCUGAUGGAUCCUGCUUCCAGCAGAGRAGCAGCAGCCAUUCCCUCUCACCCACUGGGCCCUGACAUCUUUCUAUACCCACAUUUUGGGCCCUAAUACCUUUCUGGACAGCAACUUAAUGGGAAUUCUGCUGUGCUGCCUCAGUUUCCCAGCCAAAGGUAAUGCUUGGAACUGAUAGGAAGGAAAGCAAGUUGCAUCAGUUUGGUYUUGUGAUAAGAAAGGUGAUGGCAAAACUCUUGGGGGCUGAUUUAUUCAUCCCAGUUAUUGACAGGUAACCUGCCGCUUUCCUCAGACUGCUCUUUCUCCUGGAUGUGCUUUUUGUAUUCAUAUGAUGCAAYGUGGAGAGUGGAGCUCUCAGGAUUUUCAGAGGGGGUUUGGCUUGCUUAUUCUGUUUUGUUUAUGACAAUGUCUUUCUCUGUAUUUUAUGAAAUGCAUGGAACGUUUUUUAAUCUUAWGUUUUCAGCAUUGUUUCAUAGAAUAAAUAUUACAAUGAAUGA